CCAAUACGUUAUAUGAUUAUGAAAUUUUGAUAUUAAAAGUGAAAUGUGAAAUCUCAUAAAAGAAAGUGUUUCAUUGGAAAAUAAGAAUAUCUGCAAAUACUUUUAGUAAUUGCUGUGUAUACAAAUAUAAUCCAAUAGCAAAUUUCCAUAUCGUUUGUACCAUUAAACAUUUACUAAAGGUAAUUUUUAAACGCUAUCCAAUGUGUAAUGAACAAUCAAGGAAAUAUCAACAAAUAUGUAUACAGAGUGAGUUAAGAAGUAUUAUAUAAAAUAACUCGUUAUCUAUUGAUUUUAUCGAAAAACGUAUUAAAUGAAUGAUUUAGCAUUUCAAGGGAUUUAUCGGAUGGAUACAAUUUUAUUUCCCAAUGUCUUAUACUUUCUGAGAUAUUAAACUAACCUUGAGUUUUUUAAAUAGCACUUAUUUUAUAACAUUAGUCGUACCAGCUGGAUACUCUACAGAAAAAGAUUAAAUUAUUUAUGCCGAAAAAACCAUGAAUUUAGCUACUAAAUUUAAUACUUAAGCUACUUAUCUACGUAGCUAUUAGAUAUUUUAAUUUUAACUUGUCAAGUUUAAUGUAUGAAAGACAAGGAAAGACACAAAACGGUGUCUCCGUAACAUUAUCUUUGUAGUAAUUAUAGUCAUAACUCAUUUAAAAUGUUUAUUUUAGAUAGUAUUUCUUAAUUACUUUCCCUGUAUACAUAUAUAUAAGAUAUAUGACGAUUCAAGGAAAAAAAGUACACAAGGAAAAGGAAUGAUCUACUAGGAAAUUUCGGUGUUCUUUGAAUAUUUCCUAAUGAGUAGUGAUCCUGUUAAUUCCCAUGACAUAGCAUUUUUAGGACCACCAUUUGGAACACGUGUCAUCAUUUAAAAAACCUUGAUACGGUUUCUCUUAUCGUCCUGCGUGUAAUUAUAUGAUGAAGGCCCAUAUGUAAUGCGUUUCGCAUGUAACCUGAAAAUGGGGACUUCCAUUUCGUAUAAAUACCAUGCAUAUUCUAAUGGCACCGAAAUCAGCGAUUGUGAAACCAUUCCACAGAAAGAUAUGUCCGUUUGACGUAUUACUGUCCUUUAAAAUCAUUUGCACAUAGGCAACAUGACCAGUAUUUCACUGGCUGGUCUCACAAUCGAUACUACAGUGAUAUUAAUUGCUUGUUGCAGUGUACCAUUACGAUAGAUAUUUAAAUUGUGCAGACGUCCAACAUGAACAAUAUGGUUUCGUUUAAUUAUCUCAAGAAUUUCGUAUCGAUAUACAUGGUCGUGGCUUUGGCUGCCAUAAUUGGUAUCACAACUGUUCAAGCAGAGCUCAAACUAGUGAAUGUGUUAUUCCGUCAUGGCGAUAGGACACCCGAUGCCACUAACGAUGAAAAAUAUCCAAACGACCCUUACCUGGAUAAUCCUUUUUAUCCAAUGGGUCGGGGCCAGUUAACUAACAAUGGCAAAAUGAGAGAAUAUGUACUGGGACAAUUCUUGAGACAGAGGUACGAUCACUUCCUCGGAGAUGUUUAUAGAAGCGAAGCUGUCUCAGCUAUCAGUUCAGAUUAUGACAGAACGAAAAUGUCUUUGCAACUUGUUCUCGCUGGUCUCUUCCCGCCAAGUAAUUUGCAACGAUGGAAUCACGAUCUAAAUUGGCAACCUAUCCCCGCGAAAUAUUUACGACGCUACGAGGAUAAUCUCUUUCUGCCAGAGGAUUGUCUUUUGUUUACGAUCGAAUAUAAUAGAGUAUUGCAGUCACCGGCGGGAAAACAGGAAAUUGGAAAAUAUAGCAAACUUAUGAGACAAUUAACAGAGUGGACUGGUAAAAACAUAUCUACACCAUGGGAUAUGUAUUACAUAUAUCAUACACUGAUGGCCGAGAGUUCUCUCGGUCUUACUUUACCAGAAUGGUCACACGCAAUAUUUCCAAAUGGAGAGUUAUUGAAUGCAACGAUAUUUUCGUAUAACAUCGCUAAUUCGACUCCUCUGUUGAAAAGAUUGUACGGAGGUCCGUUCCUCCGGAUCGUUACAAGGCAUAUGUUAAAUCAUGUAACCGGUGCACAAAAUCGAGAACGAAAAAUUAAUUUAUUUAGUGGACACGAAAGUAACGUUGCCGCCGUUUUGCACGCUCUUGGAGUUUUUUAUCCACACGUUCCCGAAUAUUCCAGUUCUGUUAUAUUGGAACUUCAUCAAAACAACAACGCUUACUACGUAAAGGUACUUAACUACUUGGGCAUUCCAUCCGAAGCAAAAGAACUUCAACUACCUGGAUGUGAGAUACUUUGUCCUUUGGACAAGUAUUUACAGUUGAUAGAAGGAGUGAUGCCAUCAAACGACGAACUGAUUUGCGACAAAGGUCUGUCACAAGCAUUUGUAGACAGAAAGUCAAUCGAGGAAUUGAGUUUAUUGAAAUACAAUCUGAUAAGAACUGCAGGAAUCAUUGAAAGUAAAUAAUACGUGUAUGAAAAUGUAAUUGCUAAAGAUGAAUUACAUUCCUUUGAAACCAAAGAAAACUUCAUGUUAAAAAUGAAGUGUUACAUAAUAAAUGCGUAAUAUACAAUAGAAAUGAAUUUAGAAUAGCUUUUAAUUUAUAAAUUAGCGAUAUUAAUUACAUAUCAUUGAUCUUAUGCGACAAGAUUAGACAUGAGGAAUGUAAUUCAUAUUUCUAAUUAUAUUUGCUCUUCCUAUAAGUAAUAUCGUCCUUUUACUUAUUUGAUACUACUAAAAAGGUACGUUAUUUGACGAAUUUGUUUCAAAUAAAGAACAGUAUUAUCGUUCAAAUUCGAAGUUUCUGUCCCUUUUUUAGUAUCUUUGGUUCUCUCGUAUUUGUAGAAUGUUUAAUAAUAUGCCAUAUCAAACUGAAAAUUAACGUUAAUGGUUCAUCAAAAGCAUCGUCUCAAAAUUGUAAUUAGCGUUAUUAAUAUCUUCUGACAUUUAAAAUAUACGUUUGUUGCAUUUUCCCACUCAGAGUCUGGACGAGUUAAAUGGCAGAAAAUAUUAUGUAUAUCGAAAGCAUAUUAUAAAAUUUCUGUACGUAUGUAUUUUAUAAAUAACGACGUUACUUCUGGGAUGACAUAGUUUAUAAAAUUUUAUGUGUGUAAAAAUAUACAUGAAAGAGCACCGAUAUUUUUGCAAUUUAAUUAUUUAUAUUUUACUAUAAAGAAAUUAGAAAUUAUUGGCCACAAAGGUAUUCAAAUAUAUUUAAAUAUACAAUGAUAUUUAUGCACAUUAUAUAAUUAUUUUGUAUUUAAUUCAUUAAAGUAUUUAACGCGCGAUUAAUUUAAUAGAUUAUUUAUUUUGUAACCAAAGCACGACUUGAUAUACAUAUUCACAGUGAAAAUGCAUUGUUUCAUUCUGAAUACAUAUUUAUUCGAUGUAUUAUGUAUCAAUUCACCUAACAUCAAUUAAAUACAUUUAAAAUCUA